CAUCCCGUGGACGCGCUGAGGACCGCGGCUGUGAUUCACCGCGAAGGAGGAAUACUCAGCUUCCUCCAACCGACCGAACGACAGACAGCGGGACACCGGACAGAUCUCCCGUCUCUCUGCAGCUUCCUGUCGUCAUGGCAGCCAAAACCAAAUGGUGGUUAUUGAAAGGCCGCGUAAGAGGAACACCCGGCCACAACCCGGGGGCCAAGUUGGAGGCCAACCUGGAGAACGCAGAACCUGAACUCUGCAUCAGACUGCUGCAGGUUACCACCGUUGUUAACUACUCUGGUCUGCGGCGUCGGUUGGAGACCAGUGAUCAGGCCUGGAUGGUCCAGUUUCUGGAGCUUGGAGGUUUGGACCUGCUGAUGGAGGUUCUGGAGCGUCUGUCUGGUCGCGGCUGCGCUCGCAUUGCCGACGCUCUGCUGCAGCUCACCUGCGUGACCUGCGUCCGAGCUGUAAUGAACUCAUCUGAAGGUCUGCACUUUUUUCUGGAGAACCCGGCCUACGUCAAGACCCUGUCCCAAGCGCUGGACACGUCUAACAUCAUGGUGAAGAUGCAGGUCUUUGAGCUGCUGACAGCCCUGGCUCUCUUUGAUGCUCAGGGACACCACCUGGCCCUGGAUGCCCUGGACCACUACAAGAGUCUGAAGAAGCAGCAGUAUCGCUUCAGUGUGAUCAUGAACGAGCUCCACUGCACCACCAACCCCCCCUACAACGUAACACUCAUGAGCUUCAUCAACAGCCUGGUGAUGGGACGAGAAGACCUGAGGAGGAGGAGUCGCCUGAGACAGGAGUUCAUCGGACUGCAGCUGCUGGAUGAGCUCCCCAGACUGAGGGAGACGGAGGACCAUGACCUGAACAUCCAGUGUGAUGCCUUUGAGGAUUCACUGACGGAGGACGAGGAAGAGAUGGAGAAGCUCUACGGAGGCAUCGACAUGAGCAGCCACCAGCAGGUCUUCACCUCUCUGCUCACCAAGGUGGCCAGCAGCCCAUCCUCGGCCCAGCUGCUGUCCAUCCUGCAGGCCUUGCUGGUGCUGGACCCGGGGAGGUCUGAGGUGUGGCUGUCUCUGGAGCUUCUCACUGAUAGACUCACACUGAUGUCCCAGCCCUUUGACCUGUCUACCAACUCACUGCUGGAGAGACUCCUCCCCCACAAGUCCCUCUCAGCCAUUCACAAGAUACAAACCAUCGACAGGGCGGUUCAGACUCGACGAGCAGAAAGUGCAUCUGGUUCUCUAUGGGUUCCUUCCUCCUCCUUACCUGGAAUGGGAACUGCUCCCCCUCCUCCCCCUCCGCCAUUACCUGGAAUAGAAGCUCCUCCACCAUUACCUAGAAUGGGAGCUCCUCCCCCUCCACCAUUACCUGGAAUGGGAGCUCCUCCCCCUCCACCAUUACCUGGAAUGGGAGCUCCUCCCCCUCCUCCCUUGCCUGGAAUGGGAGCUCCUCCCCCUCCACCAUUACCUGGAAUGGGAGCUCCUCCCCCUCCUCCGGGUGACAUCAUUUCUGCCCAGGCAGCUCUGCGCCUCAGGUCAUGUUGUAGCCCCGCCCCCUGUCCCACCCGCCGUAUGAAGAAACUGAACUGGCAGAAGCUCCCGUCCAGAGCGGUGACAGCACAACAGUCCCUGUGGACGUUGGUGUCUUUAGAAUCACUGGAACCAGAUUACUGCAGCAUUGAGCAGCUCUUCAGUCUUCCUCCAACUGAGACCAGAACCAAAGCCCAGGCCAAGCCCAAAGAGAUUUCAUUCAUCGAUGCCAAGAAAAGUCUAAACCUCAUCAUCUUCCUGAGGCAGUUCAAAUGUUCCCAUGAGGACUUUGUGUCUCUAAUCUGGAAGGGAGACAGGUCCAGGUUUGACGUUGAGCUCCUGAAGCAACUGAUAAAACUCCUACCUGAGAAACAUGAGGUAGGGAACCUGAAGUCACACCAGGCCGACGAGGACAUGUUGUCUCCGGUGGACCAGUUUUACCUGAAGCUGCUUGACAUCCCGUGCUACCCUCUGAGGCUCGAGUGCAUGUUGUUGUGUGAGGAGAGCAGCUCUCUGUUGGAGACUCUGAAGUCCAGAGUUGAGCUGCUGGAUCGAGCCUGCCAGAGUGUGAGGGAGAGCUCUCGUCUGCCCCCCUUCUGUAAACUCAUCCUGAGUGUGGGGAACUUUCUCAACUAUGGGACUCACACAGGAAGCGCAGAAGGUUUUAAGAUCAACACUCUGCUCAGACUGACAGAAACCAGAGCCAACAAGUCCAGAAUCACCCUGCUGCACCACAUCCUGCAGGAGGCAGAGAAGAACCACCCCGACCUGUUGAACCUGCCGGAUGACUUGGAGAUCUGUGAAGAGGCUGCUGGAUUGAAUCUGGAUUUGAUUCAGUCUGAGAGCAACAUUCUGACCAACCAGCUGAGGAGUUCAGAGAGUAAGGUCUGCUGUUCCUCUGAGGACCUGAAGGAGCAGUACCUGCCCCCACUCCAGGAGUGCCUGGGUGGAUGUGAGCAGCUGCAGCAGCUGUUGUCCUCCUUGGAGGACCGAAGGACAGCUUUGUCUGUCUACUUGUGUGAGGACAGCAGCAGCUUCUCCAUUGACGAGCUACUCAACACCAUCAAGACCUUCAGAGGCUUGUUCCUCAGAGCCAAGAAGGAGAACGAGAGUCGCAUGCAGCUGGACAAGAGGAGGAAGCUGCAAGAGGAGGACGGGAAACUCAAAGGAAACACCAACAAGAUCAUCAGAAACGACGUGUCCAAUGAGGGCAAAGGCUGCAUCAUCGACAACCUGCUGUCUGAGAUCAGGAAUGGCCACAACCUGAAGAGGACCAGACCACCACCUCCGAGGGGCGGCAGAGACCAUGAUCAUCCUGGGAUUAUACACAGAUCAUUGGCUGCGAACGAGCCUGAUCCGUCUGUUUUCAGCCAAUCAGAGAAGCCUGCAGAAACACAGAAGAAAGUCCAGACCCCCUCCGAACCCCAGGCCGAAACAACACCAGAACCCGGGUCAGCUCAGAUUGAUGGCAGUCUCGCAGAGACCCAGAACUCCUCUGAUCCCCACACCUCUAAGGCUGCUGCCAACAGAGAGCAGGACGAGAGCCAGACGGGGCUCUGGGACUCUGUCGCUCUGGAAAACAACGAUGAUCCACGUUCUCUGGAACCAGCAAGGAAUUCCAGGACCAGUCCUGAAGAUCAGAACCGGGAUCCAAUCACAGAGCCAAGAAAGGACGUGUGUCACACUGAGGAUUUCCUCUUCCGUGAUUGGCUGACGAGAGUUCCCCUUUUCAUGGUUAUUAUUAUUAUUAUUUUUGUUGUUGUUAUUGUUGGUUUUAUUAUUGCUAAUGGUUUCAGCAUGAAGUUUUAAUGAUAUUAAAUUGGGUUUGUUUAUUAUUUUUAGUUUGAUUGUUGAUUAGACAAUCAUUUCGAUUUGAACUUUUAUUAAUAUCUUUGCUGUCAGUUAAAGUACUACAUUCAGUAGACGUAUAAGUACUCACUUUGUAACAUUGUCUGUUAUCUGAUAUGAUUAGAUGGUGAUUAACAUGUUGAACAUCUUCAUAAACUUAAUAAUAAAAUUGUAUUCUUGUUGAAACGUAAUACUACAUAUAUCUACAUAUACUACAUAACUACGUGAGCCACACUAAGUUGUGUCAAAGCACUUCUUACUUUAAAAUGCUGAGAUUAAAGGUGACAGCAUCAUAAUAAUGAAUAACAAAAUCAUUAUUUUUCAAUAUUAAUGAUAUGAAAUGUUAUGAUGACAUCAUCAUCGAGGUGACGUCAUCCAGAGCCAGAUUUGUCCUUGCCGCUCCAAUGGUCACGUGACUCCACCCCUGAAGUAUUCACAUGUAAUUAUUGCCAUGAUAAUAUGAAAUAAUUAUAUUAAUAAUCACCUGACAUGAUGUGCACUCCGUCUGGAAACCAGCCUGCCUUCACAGUAAGAGCACACAAUACAGUUAAAGGAAUAGUUAUAUUUCAUAUUUAUGUUAUUUUAUGAAACAUUCAAAUGUUUCACUAAUCAAACAUAUUCAUUAACAACUUUCUUACCAUUAUUAUCUAACAAACAGAAUACAUAAUCUUUAUUGUAUUGAAUCAAACUCAAUGUUAGGAUUAUCAAUGUAACCGAUAUUCAGCUUCUGUUUGCAUUAAACUGACAAUAACUGCCUCAA